UGUGACAGUCUCCCGUUACCAUUUACCAUUUACCAUUUGCACUUUGCCGAAGUUUAUGUGAUUUCCCACUGCUGAGUGCAGAAUGUGGAAUAACUCUUGGUGGCCACUGAAUGCGAUGGCCUGAGGUCACAGACGCAGUCCCGAUUCGGCGUAUAAAUAGUGGUAUGGAAUGUGUUGAACGGCAUCAGACAAGUUCAAGUUUUCGUUCCGAAAGCACCAGAUCAAUAAUCAAAAUGUUCAAAUCCGCUGUUGUGUUCCUGGCCAUCGUUGCCUGCGCAUCUGCCAAGCCUGGACUCCUGGGUGCACCUUUGGCCUACACUGCUCCCCUGGCUUACUCUGCUCCCGUGGCUUACACUGCUCCUGGUGCCGUAGUAGCUGCUCCUGCUCCAGUUGUGACCGCCACCAGUAGCCAGGUUUUCGCCAGGAACUACAAUGGCAUCGCCACUGCUCCGCUGAUUGCUCCCGUGGUGACCAAGUCCGUGGCUGCUCCUCUAGCUGCUCCUCUGGCUGCUCCCUUGGCCUACUCCGCACCUCUGAGCUACGCCGCUGCUCCUGCACCAGUUCUCAUCUAA